GUGGCGUAGGCCGCAAACACUCUAGAGUUUGCCCCUCGAGGGAAGCCACAUCGGGAUGAGCUCUGCUGGAGACGAAGAGCGCGCUGCUGCGAGCGGAGAACAGAUCCGCCCGCCGGUGCAGGAGGGCCGCGACGCGAAGCUUGCAAGUUUGCAACGGCAAAUUUCGCAAUUGGCGGCCCUGGUGGAGGAGUCGAAAAAGAAGAAGGAGCCUGGCAGCGUCGUGGCGGAUGCAGGCAGUAGGGGUGGCUGGGUUGCUGCCCCCAGAGGCCAACGAGAAGAGCCCACGCUGCCGCUCGGCGGUGGCGGGGGAUUUCUCCAGCAGCAAACGAGAGAUAGUGGGCAAGGACCACGGUCGCUGCUGGAAGGCGGCUGGGCCAGCAGAUCGGGAGCGAACCCUGUUGGACCAGCCGGAGUGGGCCCGGGCAUAGGACCGGACUACGGGGAAGCGAGGGGGUUAAACCCCCCAGGUGAGAUACCCGUGAUUCGAGGAAAUGGAGAAUACCUCGACGGCUACAGCAGUAGCCACAUGAAGAGAGUAACGGUCAAUGCCCCGCUCCUAGACGGAAAAAGCCGUAGCCACGGAUUUGACUCGUGGCGAAAAUCAUUCAUCCAAGCUGCGAAGACCAUCGACUUGGACGGGC